GGGAGCUUGCUUGUUGAGAGUAGUGGUGUCUGUAAUUCACAGAUGAACAACGAGCUGGGCAAUCAGGAGUCCCGCUUCAGUGAACAUGACUUGGAUGUAAUCACCAGCAAGAUCGGAAAUCUCAGCAAAUGGCGAGAUAUCUUCAGCCAACAAGGAUUACAAUUCAAGGACACUGUUGUGAAGAAGUGUCAGGACAGCCGCAAAGGAGAAGAAGACAGUGAAGAUGGAGCAGGAGCACCCCAGUCCUCUAGUGCCAAGCCUUAUGGGCAUCUCGUCACAUUCAACCUGCCCUAUUCUGUCCCCAAAACAUUCCUUGGGUCUCCCAGCCUAGGUGGUCUUCCCAUCACACUGGAGGAAGCAGUGGCACUACGGAAGAUUCUGUUUGGAACGACGUUUCAACUUUUCAACUAUGAAUGGAAGAAAUCCCACUUCAGAUUUCGAGACCCUUAUUCAGACUUGUCUUAUGCUUUGGAGGCAGAGAGGGGUGGUACAAGAUCUAUACAGAUGGCUGUCCAAGCCUACAUCCUCAAACACUUACUGUUCACAAGAAGUAGUGAAAUGGAGGACCACGAUGAUAAAUGCCUGUUGGAAGUCAGCCAAAAAGACCAAGAAAAGGCAUUGGCAGCUGCACUGUCGGACAUUCUGUGGACAGCAGGGGAAGGCGUCCAGAGCUUUGUUUGCUUGGUAACCACUGAAUGUUACAUCGCUCCUGCAGUCAAUUACAAAAUCGACAGUUACACGGAACGGCUCCAGCUCUUUAACUUCACUGAUAAGGCAAAGCUACAGCAGUUUGUGACUGAACAGAUACACUGUUUUAAAGGUGAAGGAAGUCAUGGGGUCAUUCUGUUCCUGUACAGUUUACUCUUCUCAAGGACUCUAGAAAAGCUUCAUAAAGAUAUGGACCAUACAACCUCUCAUCUCCUGCAGUUAAGCCUGGGGAAUUUUACUUGUCGACAAGCUCUUAUCAACCUAAUGCUCACUGGUAGAGCCAGUCCAAACGUUUUCAAUGGUGACCUUCAGUAUGAUGACCAGGGUGCCUUACUGAAAGAUCCUCAACAUGGAAUCCUUGCUCGAAGUGAUGUGGGCUAUCUCUACUGGAACAGACAUGAGCUGGACCAUGAUAAGCUCCCACAGGUUGGAAGCAUGCUGAAAACUCCCAAGCUGCCAAUCUGGCUGUGCAACAUCAACAAUACCUUCAGUGUGCUCUUCAGCACAAAGCGGCAGCUACUGUCUGACUGGAAAAUGGAACACCUCUUUGACUUGUAUUUUUACACUGGCCAGCCAUCACAGAGAAAGGCAGUCACACUAACGAUAGACACACACUCUCAUCAUUGGGAAGAGGGGAUGCAUGAGACGGAAGAUGAUCCCGAGAAAAGGUUCCCUUCAGUGUUGAUGACCAUUCGCACCAAGUGGGAAGGAGCUGCUAUUGACUGGAAUGGAACUGUUCCAUUUUACUGAAGCAGGGACAUCGCAGAACAUUGUAGGACAAUAGCCGACAACUGACCAACCCUGUUGUACUGGGAAAAUGAGGAUAGGCAAGCUCAAAUUCUCAGCUCCUUGUCACAUCCCUGUUUGAUCUUAUAUUCUGCUGCCACUCGAGCUGUUCUUAGACUUUCUCAUCCUUAGUAGUUUCUAAAAGGGUUGGCCCAGUUGAAUCAACAAAGAACCAUAAGUUGCU